ACAACAACAAUUGCAGCAGCGACAACAGCAGCAGCAGCUUCAUCAACAACAACAAAAGCAGCAGCAGCAGCAGCAGCAGUAGCUUCGUUUGGUCACAAAGAAAAUGGCGGCUUCAGUCAGUGGAGUUUUAGAACCAAACUUGCAGGCCGAAAUACAGACUAGUAAAGUUCUUGUUGUCGGUGCUGGUGGUAUAGGAUGUGAGCUGAUGAAAAACCUCGUUCUUACUGGAUUUACUGAUAUAGAAAUUAUUGAUCUUGAUACUAUUGACAUCAGCAACCUCAAUCGCCAGUUUCUUUUUCACAAAGAACAUGUUGGGAAAUCAAAGGCUCAAGUGGCAAAAGACAGUGUAAUUCGUUUUAAUCCAGAUGCUAAAAUUGUGGCUUACCAUGACAGUAUAACCAGUACUGAUUAUGAUGUUGAAUUUUUUAAGAAGUUCACCCUGGUUAUGAAUGCUCUUGACAAUAGAGCUGCUCGUAACCAUGUCAAUCGUCUGUGCCUGGCAGCUAACAUUCCUCUCAUAGAAAGUGGUACUGCAGGAUACUUGGGACAAGUCACUGUUAUUAAAAAGGGAUUAACGGAGUGCUAUGAAUGCCAACCAAAACCCACUCAAAAGACAUUCCCUGGUUGCACAAUCCGGAAUACACCAUCUGAACCUAUUCAUUGUGUUGUAUGGGCAAAACAUCUUUUCAACCAACUUUUUGGGGAAGAAGAUCCAGAUCAAGAUGUUUCACCUGAUACUGAGGACCCCGAAUUGACUGCUGAUGCUGGAGAAUCUGCCCUUAAUUCCAGUUCUAAAAGUGAUGCUGCUGGUGGUAUUGACAGAAAGUCCACUAGAGCUUGGGCUCAUGAAACUGGCUAUGAUUUCCAGAAACUUUUCAACAAACUGUUCCAUGAUGACAUCAAAUAUUUACUUUCAAUGGAAAAACUAUGGGAGAAACGAAAACCUCCCUCACCACUGGUUUAUCAAUCCCUACCCACAACAGUCCCUCACUCCUCCUCCUCCUCAUCAUCAUCAUCAACAUUAAUCAAAGAUCAACAGAUCCAGUCAAUAAAAGACUAUGCAGAUGUGUUUAGCAACUGUCUCUCUGCGCUCAAAACAGAACUCUCCAAACAAGGUGAUGGUGGCCAACUUGUCUGGGAUAAGGAUGAUGAUGUUGCAAUGGAUUUUGUCACAGCUACCAGUAACAUACGAGCUCAUAUUUUUGGCAUCCCCAUUAAAUCACGAUUUGACAUUAAAUCCAUGGCUGGGAACAUUAUUCCUGCAAUUGCUACAACUAAUGCCAUCAUUGCAGGAUUGAUAGUCAUUGAAGCUCUCAAAAUACUCUCAGGAAAUAUUGACAAAUGUAAAAUGGUUUACUUGAACCGGCAACCAGCAUCCCGUAAACAAUUGUUAGCACCAUGUGCUUUGGUAAAACCCAAUCCCAAAUGCUAUGUUUGUGCUGAGAAACCUGAAGUUACUGUGGUGCUUAACACUACCACAACAACUAUCAAAACACUUGAAGAGAAGAUUGUUAAAGGCCACUUAGGAAUGGUUGAACCUGAUGUUGAAAUUGAUGAUGGCAAAGGGACUAUCAUCAUAACAAGUGAAGAAGGAGAAACAGAAGAAAAUAACGAGAAAAUGCUGAGUGAUUUCAAUAUAGGAAAUGGAACUCGCUUAAAGUGUGAUGAUUUUCUCCAAAAUUACAAUCUUGUCAUAACAAUCCAGCAUGUAGAAAAAUUGGAAGACAAUGUUGAAUUUCUGGUCUCUGGUGAUGCAGAGGCCUUAAAAAGUCAGCAGGAGAAUAAAGCAAGUAGCAGUAGCUUGUCACCAGUGCCAUCCACAUCAAAAUCAGAAUUGCCUGUUGCUGACUAUAAUGAUGAUUUAAUCAUCAUGGAAGAGGAACAAUCUGAAGCUAUGGAUCUGAGUCCACUAAAGAGAAAGAGGAAGGUCUCUGAUCAGAGUUCAGAAAUGUAUUCUAAAAGUAAAAAAUCAAAACAGGAACCUGAUGGAGAGUGCAGCAUUGAUUCUGAAAUAAUAGUUUUGUAAUCACCAUUCCAGUAAAUUUUAUAUCAUGUCAUCAGUCAUGGGGAGUUGUUCAAUAAACACUACCUUCACUGCCA